GAGGCAUUGUAGUGAGUUCCUGAGCCUCAGAGCAGAAGCAUCGUUUGUGAGGAUGCGGGGACAGCUGCUGUAGAAUCGACCUAAUAUCAUAACUCUGCUUUCUAAAAGCGCUGCUUGGAGUACAAAGGGCACGUCUGAGCGCCUCACAUCUCAUUCAGUUGGAUGAACGCAUCGCCACAUUAUUCUAGAUCUGCUGGGGGCCUAGGAGCGGAGCACCAGCUGUUUUAUGAAUGGGAUGCUCGGUUUCCCAGCUGACUGGAGUUAAGAAGCACCAUUAUUCCUUCCCAGGCUAAUAAAGAUUGAAAUCUUGACUACCUCUCACUACACACCACCAUGCCGAUCUUAAAGCAGCUAGUCGCCACGUCUUCCCAGACAAAGCGUCGCUCACGUAUGGACUUGACCAGGGAGAUGAUAAGUGCUCCCCUUGGUGAUUUCCGUCACACUAUGCAUGUAGGUCGCAGUGGUGAUGCCUUUGGAGACACGUCCUUCCUAAGCUCACACUCCGGGGAACCCUCCCCAGAGACGGCAUCCUUUCCCCGCUCUCCUAGACCCGGCCUUUUGGCACGCACCUUUAGGAGCAGCAAGCGCUCGCAGUCAGUGACGCGAGUGGACCAGAGGAACGAUCACACCCUGAUGGUUCCUGGAGGCUCACCAACCUUUGUUAAAAACGCUAUGUCACUGCCUUUUCUCAACGAUGAAAACAGAGGGGACAACCUUGUAUCUAAGAGCUUGUCUUCGAGUCCAUUUAAGCAGCAUGGGGAGCCUGACGGUGGAAUUGCAGCUGCAGCGGCGAACUUGCUCGAGCUGCAAGAAAGAAGCUUUGGUGAACUGACGGAGCUGCCAGAGAGUAUCGUUCAUUACGGCGGAGGUGGAAUGAAGCACGCAGAGUCGGUCAUGUCCUUCCAUGUCGACUUGGGACCCUCCAUGCUGAACGACAUCUUGGAUGUGAUGCAAAAGGAGGAAGAUGAUCUUGGCUACGAGGAAGGCAAAAGCAGCGAGGGCCGUGCCUCGCCGGCACUGAGCAACCACUGUGAGGAAGAGGAUGAUGAGAAGAAGGAUGUGGAGGAUCAAGGCAGAGUCCAGCAGGUGGAGACAGAAAGAGAUGCAGCAGAGCAUCCAGCCCACUCUAAUGAUCUGAGGCAGGAAGACGAAGGUCCCUACACUCCGGAGUACACUCCUGAGAUACGUCCCAAACACCUGCUGCACCUGGACAGCUGCUCCAUGUCGAGCUCUGGCUCCGCUGCCUUGUAUGAAAAGCCAAACUACCAGAAUUACACAGGAGACACAGACAGCGCCACAUUCAGUGCACCACCUGAGGAGGAGAGUAACUUCUCCUCUUUCUUGGAGGAUGAAGAUGAUGAGAUCCACGUAUAAGAGUUCAGACUCAAAAUGACCAAGCUCCGGAAGACCUUUGGCAGUGUGGGUUUUCACUCUGAGCAGCAAGACGACACUGUAGUCGGCUCCUGUGGGACCAGGAACUUUCAGCUAUUUUAUGGCUAUAAAGAAAGUUUGAUUACUCCUUUUGGAUGUGUCCAACUCUACUCACCAGAGCGCCUUACCCUUUUGAACACUGACAUGGAUUGGGGAGUUCACUGUCCGAAUACCAUUCCAGAAAUAAACAGGGAGUUCUGGCUGAAAAGAAACUAGUUGAGGAGAGUAAAGAAAAUGAACUCAACUCAGCCUUUCAAUUUCUUUUUGCUUCUGUUUGUCAUUGUGCUUUUUCUCCCUGGCUGUGGGACACCAUGCAGCCUAAGCCGAACAGAAGGCCUCUGUCACAAGCGGACCACUGGUGGGUGUCCUGUCCCAAUAAAGAGAGCUGUGUUUGUGACUGGAGUGCGAGCCCCAGCAUCAAACCCCUUUCAUCAGAAAAUAUUAUGGCAGAGCUACAUAUCUUUCAGACUUUUUUGCCCUUAUUCUCACUCAUGUAACUCAGGGUCCCUGUGACGCUGCCCGAGGGCAACCAUCUCCCACUUUAUUGCAGAACCACAAAGCCUAAACCGAAAUUCUGCUCUGUUAGUCUAGUGGAUGCCACGCGGAGCAAAGCUCAGUCAGGGGGAUGCUUUAAAGUGAUGCAUUGGGCUCACUACAAAGAAGCUUGUUAUCACAGGAAGCCGGGGAGGUGAAGAGUAGCGCGUGCCACAUUCUUGGUUGUCCUUUCCUCUCUCUUUCCAUUGAACGCAUUGUUUUCUUUUUAAACUGAUUCCCAUCAGCACAAACUAGCUGCAUUCCUUCUACUUUUUUGGGGGCUUUUUGACUUGACUCAAGAGCGGUUGAAAACCACUUCCUUCCGGUUUGUCUCACUUUUACAUCCGAGCAUCUGCAGUGCUGCAACUGAGCAGUUAAAAACUGAUCCUCAUUACUCAACAGACCCCAUCACUACGCAUGAGGAGAGCUUGAUGGUUAAAACUCAAAUCUGCUGGCAUGUAAAAGUAAGAAGACGCUACUAGUAUCUGUAGUUGUUUUAGUAGAAAAAAAGCUCCCUCUCUUUUUCUGUGUUCGUUUGAAGGGCGGAUGAAACAGAAGCCUCAGCCAGAGAUAGAUGCAAGAGCAUUAAGGAGAAGAUUGCUGGUUUUAUGUAAGUUGCACAGUCAUUGCAGCUCGUCUCUACCUCUUGCAUCAUCAGAUCCAUGAGACUUGAGCUGACUUGCGCAGAUUGAUUUCUGUGCCUUAACUGAAACUGACAGAUGUGCCAAAUUAUAAUAUUUGAGGCCAAAAUAAAAAAAAAUCAUUUUGUGAAACUCAGUUUUGGGAGAGCCUGUUGAACAUGUUAGUCCUUGUCUUUUCUGUAUGAUCUUAAUUUAGACUUUCACAAUGAAAAGAUUUGAAAACGGAUGGCCAUUUAAGGGCAAUAAUUUUGCAGGACAAAGGAGGUACAGGAUGAGUUUGCAUAACUGGAUAUUUUUAUCAGUUACACACUACACAAUGUAAUUAUGUCUUUCUUGUUUUGUUUGAAUGAGUCGCUAUGUUUUCUUUAUUCUUAAUAAGCCUUACUGUUGUCUGUGCUUUGUAUCUUUGAUCUUUUUCCUAUAUUACCCAAAUUAACCUAUAUUUUUCAAUAAAAGAGAACCACACGCAA